ACAUUGUCGCAAAACGGAAGUGCGGAGCUUAGCGGGCGCCGGCGCCCGGAAGGUCAGCGUGUGAAGGAGGCGGUGGUAACGCGGGUCCACCCGCUGGUAGUGAGGCCUAACGGCCGAGCAGACAGCCCCGGCCUGACGCGGCAGUGAGGAGCGACCGGGCACUUUGCUGCGAAACUAUGGAGGGCGGCGGGGGCAGCAGCAACAAAAGCAGUGGCGGGUUGGCCGGCUUUUUCGGAGCCGGCGGCGCAGGUUACUCGCACGCGGACUUGGCCGGCGUCCCGCUAACCGGUAUGAACCCUCUGUCUCCUUAUUUAAAUGUGGAUCCACGAUACCUUGUGCAGGAUACAGAUGAGUUUAUUUUACCAACUGGAGCUAAUAAAACCCGGGGAAGAUUUGAACUGGCCUUCUUCACCAUUGGCGGAUGUUGUAUGACAGGGGCUGCAUUUGGGGCAAUCAAUGGUCUGCGACUAGGAUUGAAGGAGACCCAGAACAUGGCCUGGUCCAAGCCAAGAAAUGUACAGAUUUUGAAUAUGGUGACUAGACAAGGGGCACUUUGGGCUAAUACUCUAGGUUCUCUGGCCUUGCUGUAUAGUGCAUUUGGUGUCAUCAUUGAGAAAACACGAGGUGCAGAAGAUGACCUAAACACAGUAGCAGCUGGAACUAUGACAGGCAUGUUGUAUAAAUCUACAGGUGGUCUUCGAGGAGUAGCACGAGGUGGUCUAGCAGGACUAACACUUACCAGCCUCUAUGCACUGUAUAACAAUUGGGAGCACAUGAAAGGCUCCUUGCUCCAACAGUCACUUUGAAGAUAUUGCCAACUCAUAAAUGGAGAACACUUUAAUAGUCAUCCAGGUCAAUUUAUAAGUCAGUCUGGAGUUAUUCUGUCUUCUAUCUACAAUUAAUUUGAAAAAUUGGAGCUUCUCUUUUGCUGUGAUGAAGAUCAUGGAUGGUUAAGCAAGACUGGCUCCUUCCAGCCAUAAAUGAGUUGAAGACAAAAACUCUUUGGUGGCUGAGUGAUGUGGUUUUCUUUGGAGAUUUUGCACCUGGUAUCUCCUACACCUGAGCUGGAAAACCACUUACUUCCCAUGAGUUAAGGUCAUGCUAUCAAUACUAUAACCACAUUUGUUCAUUUAAUGAUAUAAAACUAAUGUUGCCCUAUAUUUCCAAUAAAGGGUAAAAGUAGAACCAAAGUCCUUACUCCAACA